AUGCCUUACAACACGACUCCCAUCAGGCCUCGCAAGGAGGUGACAGGCACAGUCCAGCUCCCAUUAUCAAGAGUCAAGAAGAUCAUCGCAGUGGACCCAGACAUCAACGUCUGCUCAAAUAAUGCGGCAUUCGCUAUAACGUUGGCUACUGAAAUGUUCAUCCAGUACCUCGCAGAGCAGGGUCAUAACAUGGCCAAGCUCGACAGGAAGCCACGGAGGAACGUACAGUACAAGGACCUGUCCGCCGCGGUCAUCGCUAAGGACAACCUAGAGUUCCUCGACGAUACCAUCCCCAAGACGCAGCCCUACAAGGAGAUCAAGCACAAGGCCGCCGAGACGCGCGCCAAGCUCCAGGGCGGCAAGCCGGCCGGCGACCGCGCCGACGAGGCGGGCCAGCCCAACGGCAAGAAGCAGAAGAGCAUCAACGGCUUCGGCGUCCACGACGUCGUCAAGAGGCCAGAGGACGAGGAGCAGGCGCCGACGAAUCCGGGCGACGGCGAUGUGCACAUGACCGGGUAG